UGUCUGUCUUGGAGUAAGUAGCUAAAGCUGAUGGCUACCAUCUGACGGGAAGGCUGUCAGAGUGAGGCUUGAACCGCUGGUCUAGCCACAAGUUGUAUUUAGUCAAUCUGUGCAUUGAUUCCUGGCUAUAGGUGAUAGAAAAUUAGUGUUGAUUGUUAUUGAGUAAGGCCACAUUAUUAUGCCAUGUUAUUAUUUAUUGAAUGAGGGAUGAUACAUUGUUUGUCCAGUCUGACGCAGUAAAACCUGUUCGCAGAAGCUCCUGUAUUUGUUAUUGGCCUGGUUUGAUCAUAUAAUGUCAGUCGUCUAGUUCUUGAUUUUAUGAUGGAUUUAGAAAAGUCACUGGUAAUGUCUGUUAAUGAUAAUGCAGAAGGUAUAAAGGACAUUGUUAUACAAUGUCAGUUUCUAAAAGGUAAUCUGACUUUUAUGUUUUAAUGAUGUUUGAGACAUUUUGUCGCACAUUUGGAGCUGGUAUUGUAAGAAGCAAAAGAAAAAUCUGGGGUAUACUGCAUUUUACAAUGUCUACUACUUAAUCAAUAUUUCUGGUAGAUGACAUGAUUUUCUCAAUUAUUUACUCGACAUCUAGUUUCAUUUAAAGAUUUAUUUCAAGUUGAAAUGGAAACUUAAAUGCAUGCACAUAUUAAGAAAAUUUAAAUAUUUUUGUCUGAUGAGCUGUAUGUAGGUAGCAGGAUUAUUUUGUGUUUCACAAUUCAGAGAUUAGCCUAUCCUUGAUCACGUUGAUCCAACAACUCUGUGUCAUAUUACCUAUUGAACUGUAUGUAGUGUACGUAUCUUUAGGAAUUGUAGUGAGAAUAACAGGGAUGAUUUAGUUUCGAGAGAAAAAGCAUGACUUUGACACACUGCUGGAGUGAGACAUUACCAGGGUGAUGGAGUUUCGAGCCGAGAGCCUGGUGACAGUGUUCUUCACAGCUCUCAUCCUCGGCUUCAACACCCUCAUCCUCCUAGUCAUAGUGUGGACAGAAUCCAUCCGUAACAUCAACAAGAUCUACUUUGCCUCACUGACCAUCUCAGACCUCUGUGUUGGAGUCUUCAUCACACCAUUUGCAGUGUUCAGUUCCUUCAGUAACUCUUGGAUCGUUAAUGAUGAGAAGUUCUGUCACAUAGAGGCUUACCUGCUGGUGAUUUUCUUUAUCGCAGGUUUGUACUCCCUAGCAUGGAUCAACGUGGACCAUUAUCUUGCCAUCAGGAAACCACAACGACACAAGGUUGCCAUGACAACAACUCGAUCCCUAUGCUGGAUCAUAUUUGUUUGGAUUGGGGCUGUCAGUUUCUGCAGUCCAACUCUGUUUUCCUUCAAAAAGCAAGCCAAGUAUUAUGAGGAGGUUUUUCUCUGUACCAUUAAUGCCGGUUCUCACAAGCCGUAUUUUGUGACUGCUGGGAUUCUGGUAAUUUUGCCCGCAUUUUUUGCAUUGGUUUCUACCAAUGCAUACCUCUUCACCAAGUCAUUCCGAAAAAAGAGGCACAUGUAUCAGACUAUUCUGAUAGAUACAGCCUCGCGACCAAAUAACUAUUUUAUGAACUUCAUCAUUUCCAUGAUAUUCCUUAUUGCUUGGAUUCCAUGGCUUGUACUACAAAUAUAUGGAGAGUUUAUAGAGAAAGUCUCCGAGUAUCCACAUUCAAUACAUUUCUAUUUACUAUGGUUCGGAAUUGGAAAUUCCUUUUACAAAUUUUUCGUCUACUUGUUGUGGAGUAGAGAUUUUCGGAGAGGCCUGCGACAACUGUGUUGUCAUAAUGACUGUAAAUGUUCAAAAUGCUCAAUGCCGCAGAGUGUGAGUUUAAACUUUGUCACAGCCAAUGCUGGGAAGUAAUGGAAGACUCCUCUGACAAAAAUGCUUUCAAUUUUAUUUCGGUUUUGGCAAGAUAAUGGGUGUCUGGAUUCCCAUUUACUGUAAAGCAGUGUUGAGAUUUAAAUUUUCUGUGAAAACAGGAUCUAUAUUGAGAUUAACACGUUUAUAUAAGAUAGCAAAGUAGCAAAUUAUGUAAAAAAGAGAAUUUCUAAAUCAAUGGUUUGUUUCACAUACCAGUGUAUGACAAAAGUUAACAAAUGAAGUACCUCAUUAAAUAGUUGGUCUAGUAGGCAGUUAAUCUCUUUCUCAGAGACACAGAAGCCCAAAAUCUUUGCCUUAUAUGUCUAUGAAAGAUAAUCUAGUUGUACUUGAUAAUUGCAAACUUAAUCUUUUCAUUUUCUAGCAAUAAUUGCAGCUUUCCAGCUUCUGUUAAAAAAUUGAAAUUCAGAGAAAAGAUCUAUGUUUUAGGAACUUCACAAUAAUACCCCUGGUACAAUGUAUUAUUCAUUGAUCAUUUUUUUUCCCUAAAAUAAAUUGUGAGUUUAGGUUAUGUUUGAUGAAAUAUAAAUUUACUUAGAGAAAAAUCGGUUAAAACUUUGAAUUAAUAUUUCACAAAACAGAUUAAAAUCUCCUAUGCUAGAGUGACAUGCUCACUCUAGCAUAUUUUAUGGUAUAAAAAGAUGAUAUACAAUAUGUGCAUAUUGUCCAUGAAAUUUCACCUUCCAGAAAUAUUACCACAGUAUUUUUUAAUGCGAUGUUGUUUUUUCCAGAGUUUGAACUUGCAUAUGAUUUAAUCAUUAUGAUGUGCAAAGGAUGUGGAUUUUUCACAUCAUUUUAUGAUGUUUUGACACAUGACUAUACAUGACAUGUUAUUUCUCAGUUCAUUGGCAUAAGCUUGCUGUGAUGUUAUAGAUUUGUACUGUGAUAAUACUGAAAAUUCCAGAUUUCAUCUUCUCCCCCGAGUAGCCCAAGCAUUAUACUAGUCUUUCUUCUAUGACGGCACUGUUUAUUAAUCUACACUCUCAUCAUCAUCAUCAUCACAUCUAUUGUUAUAAUUAGUUAAUAAAUAGCAUAAAUAAUCCCAGUACAAGCACUUAAUUGAUACACCUAAAUGCAAACACCUCAUCAAAAUCGUACUUUUUUGUUGCAAAAUUUCUUCUUUUUAUUUCCCACCUACAUAUAUAUAUUCUAACUCCACUUAACUUCUCUGGCCAUCUCUGCACAGCUCGGUAAAACACUUUGAAUGUAUAGACAUAACCUGAUGUUAGAAUUUUAAACAAAAUGAAUCUCACUUUCCAUCAAUUUAAGUAUCUGCUAGUAGACAGCCUUGUUACGUCUCUUCUCUGGUAUAUUUUAGAGUAAAUCAUUGAAUUUAAUGAAGUCAAAGUCCCUAAAACUAUCGAAUUUUAAAAAACAAAAAAUCUGUUGGUCUUUAGUAACAAAAUUUAAAAUGAAAUUGAAAGAUCUGAUAAAUAUGAUUUUUUAAACUCUAAAUUGAACUUCAAUUUGAUAUUUCUCUCUCUCUCUCUCUCUUUCUCUCUCUAUAUAUAUAUCAAACCACACAUUAGACUGUCUUGCACAUCUACAUGUACAUCAUAUCAUGUGUGAGUCUUGAGUAAAUCUUCGUGGCUUUUUAUGAGUGACAAAUGAGUGUCAUUUCAGGUAAUGUAUUAUUCUCAAUAGUUCAUGCUGGUUAUCUAUCAAGCCAAAUCAGUUUUAUAUUCCUCCCCCCCCCCCCCCCUUUAGAGAAAAUGGGUUGACAAAUUAUUGUACAAAGGUCUAUGUAAUUAUUUAAUUUAAUUCAAGUUUUGUAGAUGAUAUUAAUUGUACUUGUAUAUCCAUUUUCUUUUAAUUUUUCAAUUCACAUAUACAAUGUUUUUAUGAUAUGUAUACAUGUAUGUACAUUAAAAAUGUUGAUUCUUUCUUAUAUC